CCGUGAUCCUUGUUCUCCGCUUAUCGAUAAACCAUUGCCGCCAUGCCGGCGCGCCCGGCCGGCAAUAGUGGGGCGGCUCUUGCCGGUCGCGGGCCCCACCCCGUGACUACACAUACGUAGUGAGAGGUACCGGUAGACCAGACGAAAGCUUCCCUCCUGCCCUUGCUCUGUGUGUCAUUCCGUGGGAAGAAAAAGUCAACAUGUCACAAAAGACGCCCGUUUUCCUGCUGAAGACAAAAUCGACCCCUGGGGAUUCGUACCAGGAGCAGUUCUCUUCUGAGACGGAUGGCUUCAACUUCGAGCCCUUCUUUGUCCCCGUCCUCGAACAUCGAUUCAAGGACGAGGGCUUAGCUACGGUGCGCAACCUUCUCAAGACGAAAGCUAUAGGAACUGGUUCCGACUGUGCCUAUGGAGGUAUUGUCUUCACCUCCCAACGCGCCGUUGAAGCCUUCACCCACCUCGUCCAAGAAGUAACAGGCGAUGACAGAUGGCCCCAUCUCCAAGAUAUCCCUGUUUAUAGCGUCGGCCCUGCGACAACGCGCACGUUGAAGGCAGUUCCCCAACAACCACCGCUCCAAGUCUUUGGUGAGCAUACUGGCAACGGUGAAACAUUGGCACCCUACAUCAUCGAGCACUAUGGCGAAUGGUAUAAGGACAGGUCCACCAAGCCGCCGCUGUUGUUUCUUGUUGGCGAGCAAAGACGGGAUAUCAUUCCCAGGAAGUUGAUGGACCCUGCUCUACCAUCGGACAAGUUCAUUCGCAUCGAUGAGGUUGUCGUCUAUGGUACCGGUGUUAUGGAAUCCUUUCAAGAAGAUUUCACAAAGCUUCUCAAAGAGACCGAAGACCACCCUGCUAGAUGGGUGGUGGUGUUCUCCCCAAGCGGCUGCGACGGCAUGCUUAGUGCCCUGGGAUGGUUGAACGAGAGCAGCGGCAGAGUGGGAGACGACUUCCGCCAGGAGGACCGUAAGACGUACAUUGCUACCAUCGGGCCGACAACUCGCCUUCAUCUUGUCAAGAACUUUGGCUAUGAGCCUGAUGUCUGCGCGGAGCAACCCAGCCCGGAAGGGGUUUGGGAGGGCAUCAGUAGGUUUUGGAACGAAUCAAAGAAAUAAACCUGGGCCAUCUAGCGGUUAGGUUCAAAGCCAUCCAUACCACAGCAGGGUGAAAGAUAUCUUACUGCAGGGA